AUGGUUGUCAGAAUUACACCAGCGAUCACCCCUGGGCUUUCACCGAAGCCAAUAGAGCCUCCUAAAACGGAAAAUCGUAACGAGAACCACAUGUCACAUUUCUCAAAGAAAGAGAUAACAUCGUUCGCAGACUUGCUUGCAAAUUUCCCGAUGAUCGCGAGACAAAUGCAGCCUGGUUUGGACAGAGUAUUUCGAGAGUUCGGCAAGGAGCUUGGAAAGCCAUUGCCGCCUCCUCCCUCUGUACUAUCUCCAGUCAUGUCGGAUAGUGAAGCAUAUGUUAACGAGACUGAGGAAACUGGAUCUUGGCGAAGUAGAUCACCUGGUAAGGGGUCGCACAUCAAUCAAGAAAGCCUUCCUUUCAACUCAUCAGAAUAUUUUGAGGAUGAUGAGGACCUUAUGAGACGAACUUUAGAAACUGCGGUAACAUCGGCGAUUGAUCUAUUUAGACUUGUCGAUAAACAACAACUCUCCUUACUGGGUGCGACAACGGAUCUUACCGGCCCGCUGGUUGAGCGUCUUAUCGAAAAGCAUGUGGCACAGCAAGUCCACGAUUCACUCUUAUUUCCGCGCCUUUGCGGUUAUCGCCAGGCGGAAGAUGCAGAGCUAGAUGCUCGUAUCCAUCAAAUGGAAAAUAUUGACAUUUCGCAGGUUGGAAUUGUUAUUGAGGGCGGUCGCCAAGGGAAACAGGAGAUACUCCGCCGCCUUGGAAGAGGCGUGGAUGAAUUUCGAAAAAUAGCCGACGCAAAAUGCCCUCAAGACAUGCUUGAGAUUUUGCUGGCAACCAUUAAACUUGUGACUGUAAUGGAAAAAUCCGAUGUUCGAAAUGGCGAGGAUUCGUACAGCCACUCCGAGAAACAAUCCUCUGUACUUGCAAUAAAUGCAGAUGUUUUAGUUUCAUUGUUACUUGUGGUUAUUAUCCGGUCACAGGUUCGGCAUCUCCAGGCUAGACUUUUGUACAUGCAGCAGUAUAUCUAUACUGAUGAUGUUGAAAGUGGUGAACUUGGAUAUGUUUUGAGUACAUUCGAAGCUGUAUUAACAUAUCUUUCGAAAGACUCCGGAGCCCUGAGGAGGGCGAGCGCCCGAAACAAACGGCUCUGGACGGCGACCAAAAAAGGAAGAGUCUCAGAUAUAAAGGCGAUAUUAGACCCGGAUAACUCUCAAGACACCCUAACUGGCCAUAAUUUUGAUGAAGACGAGUGUUCGAGCUUUUCUAAAGAUGAAGAAUCUGGCACGAUCUCUGAUCAUGCUGAUCAAGAGAUGUAUGUGAAUGGCAGCACUUCCAAUCCAUUGAACCAAAUAUCGCCCCUAUCCCCCGACACACCCUCAUUAGCCCACGUUUUUCCGUUUAUGAACUGGUCCAGAGUCUCCUCCUCAAAAGUAGAAGCCCCACCGCGGAAGAAAGUUUCUAUGGAUAUGCGGAGCCUUUCAGAGUCAUCGACGGUUUCAUACGUUUCUCGAACGACAGUUGGUUCAACGCCAAGUGCAUUGGAAGGAGAUACGUCCAUUGAAAACUUGACAAAGACCCAGGAUCCGGCAGGUGAUUCUGUGCCGAUGAUGGCAGUGGAAGCUCGGCAACCCCAGUCCCUUAAGUAUUUACUCAGUCGUCAAGACUACUACCCCCUCGACAGCAUAUUGGAGGAUACCAAUAGUGACGGAACGACGUUGCUGAGUGCCGCUGUGCAACUAGCACACACUGAACUGGUCGAUAUAAUUCUGGACUUCAUAUCCCAAGCUCGCGAUUCUCAGCUUCUAACUUCGUACUACGCCAAGGCAGAUCAAAGAGGCCGGACUCUCGCCCACUAUCUUUUCAGUGUUCCUACGCUCAUGUCUCGGUUGGAGUGUGCCCUUCCGUGGCGGCAAAGGGACAAAAAUGGCCAGACGCCACUUUUUGCCCUCUGUAGGUCCUAUGAUCAUCCCGAUUAUAACCCAAUGGUGCAUGAAGCAUUGACGAUUGCACAGAAGGCGCAAGGUGACGGGAAGCCUUUAAGGUUAGAGGAUCAUGUCGAUGGCAAAGGGAAUACUCUCUUGCAUGUCGUUAGUGAUCCACAGAUAGUUGUUAGGAUCCUCAAAGAAUGUGACUGUGACCCAAAUGCCACUAAUGACAAAAGAUUCACGCCGUUGAUGAUGGCAAGCAAAUACGGCCGUGUUGAUCUGGUACGGAUAUUUUUCGAGGACCCACGAGUUGACGUCAAUGUGCGUGAGAUGCGUGGUCUCACUGCAGUCGAGCUCGCGAAGGAUGACGAAGUCCGUAAUCGAAUCGACGAUUUAAUACUCUUUUCCAAUGCGUCCUCGGCCCGUGUUGAUUCUUCAGGACGAAUCACCACUGUUGUUCGUUCAUUGUUCAUUGAAGAUGCUAGUGUUCGUUUCAUCAUUAAAUCCGGCGCCCCCAAUCCUGAAAGGUCGCUCCAAAAGUCUUCUUCGCCAGGGAUUGUUACUUACACGAUAACAACCUGUCGCCGCAGCAUAAAAGACUUUGAAAACCUCAUUAAAUUCCUCAAAGUUGAGCACCCCGCAUCAUACAUCCCAGAACUGCCUCCCUUCCGCACUCCAUUUCAGAUCCCAUCAAGACCUUCCAGAGCGAUUCUCCACGAAGUUCAGGCGCGCUUAGACCUCUUUUUGAAAAUUCUAUUAGCCCACCCUACAUUUGCCACCCACGAAAUGAUUUGGGAGUUCUUCCUCGUCCCAGAAAUGCAAACCGAAAUGAUAGAAGAUAGAUCUCGUCGAAAAGCAGAAGCCCUUGCGGAGACAAUUGAAGACGACUACGAACCCAUGACCCAAGCAGAAAUUCGAGACGUCGAGCAAAUCGUUUCGCAUGCCCAGGAUGCAGUCCGCGCCCUUAGCGCCGCCACCCGCAGCCUACUUCGACGAGGCCACAUCCUCCAGCAUGCAUAUUCCGAUCUAGCGGAUUCUAUCAUCCUCUGCGCAUAUGCCCUCUCCUCGCUACAACCACCUUCCAAUUCCCUUCCAACUUCAUACGUCGAAACCUUCGCCCGCUACGCCGCCUGCAUCUCAACACCCUCCAUCGAUUCGUCCCCUCUAGUCCAAUUCCUCACUGCACUGACGUCGUCCCAAAGCACCACGACUGCAAUGCUUAAUGCACUCUCGCGGCCGGGAAAGCUCAUCUCCAAUCUCAACGCUGAAAUCCGUGGCCUGACGCGCGCCCACUCAUCCUUGGCGUCCUCAUCUCUCCCGCUUAAAUUCAACUUCCCAGGUCUUGAAGAAUCGCGACAAAAAUCCGUGCGCGAUCUAGAACAAAAAAUAUCAGCAUCGACAGCAGAAGCUGAACACCUGGAGAAAGAGAUAGCAUGGAAUAAGGAUGUUGUCGUGGGAGAGCUGGCUGGAUGGACUGCGUGGCGGGAAAAGAUUGGGAAAAACGCUAUUCGGGCGUUUGUGACAACCACAUUGGUCAGGGAGAAGGAGAGGGGGAGGGCUCUGGAGAGGUGUUUGAGGAGUGUUAAGGGUGGGAGCGGGAGAUUAUGA